AUGGGUGGCCCCAGUCAGCCGGACCGCGCGGGAGUCUCGAUUGAUAAGAGAGACUUCGACGCAAAUCGUACUCCGCCCACCGGCCCUCGCGGAUGGCAUUCUGCGGAAUCUGACGGCUUGCUGUGCGAUGUCGUCAGUGAGAUUGUAGAGCGCGACCGGCAGUUGAUGAGGAGGGAGCUGGUGCGCAUGGGGAGCUUUAUAUGGGGCGUAUUAACUGCGGCGUGCGCUGGCAGCAUCACCGGGUUUUCCAUCUACGGCCCGCUCUUCCUCUCUCGCCUCAACUAUUCGCAGUUCCGCGUCAACGCCGUGUCCGUGACCGCUGAGCUGGCUAUGUACCUCCCCGUGCCGUUUUUCGGCUACCUCUGCGACCGAUACUCGCCCGCGCCCGUGGCCCUGAUCUCCGCCUUCCUCUUCGGCCCCGGGUACUUGCUCGCCGCGCUGACGUACAGGUCUGGCCCUCCUGUCGACUCCGGCGGCUCUGGCUGGCCGUACUGGGUGAUGAUACUUGCCUUCGUCGGCGUUGGCGCCGGAACCGCGUCGAUGUAUUUAUCCGCCGUGACGACGUGCGCCAAGAACUUUGGCCACAGCAAGCAUAAGGGCUUGAUGCUGGCAAUGCCCAUUGCAGCCUUCGGUCUGAGUGGGAUGUGGCAGAGCCAGGUCGGGAGACAUCUACUCUACGAGCGCGGCUUCAAUGGCGAGAAGGGUGACGUCGAUGUGUUUAGGUACUUCCUGUUUCUGUCCAUUUUGCUUUUUAGCGUUGGCGUUGGGGGCCUGUUUGCACUACGCGUCGUCGAUGAGGACAAGUUGAUUGAUGCGGCGGUGGAAGAGCUCGAACGCAGUGGGCUGUUGGACGAGAGCUCGUUUUUCCGCCCGCGGGAGGAAAUCGAGGCUGCUUACGGAACUUUCAAUACGGGAGCAACAAGAGGCGAUGUCGCCGAGACCGGUUCUAUCACAUCGUCGCAGGAAGAAAGGCAAAAAAAGGCCUGGCUGCUCAACCAUGAGACGAGACUGUUCUUGCAGGACCGGACGAUGUGGUGGCUUGCGGCGGGCUUCUUCUUGGCGUCGGGCCCAGGCGAGGCGUAUAUCAACAACGUCGGAACCGUCAUCAACACUCUCACCCCACCGUCCUAUCCUCCAAACAAACCUGCUCCCGCCGGCCACCCGUCUACGCAUGUGGCCAUUAUCGCUCUGACGUCCACCAUGGCGCGUCUUCUCACCGGCUCCCUAUCCGACAUCUUCGCGCCCUCCUCGCCCUCCCAUCUUCGAUCCCCACUCGACAUUUCCGACUCCCUUUCCCCUGUGCCUAAACGUCGCUUCACCCUCUCUCGACUAUCCUUCCUCCUCCCCUCCGCAUUCCUCCUCUCCUUUGGCUACAUCUACCUGGCUACCCCACUCCCCCUCCAGCACCCCUCCACAUUCCCCCUCACCACAUCCCUCAUCGGAUUCGGGUACGGCGCCACGUUUUCCCUUGUCCCCAUCAUCAUUUCCGUUGUGUGGGACGUCGAGAACUUCGGCACGAACUGGGGGAUUGUCGCAAUGGUCCCCGCCCUGGGCGCCACGGUGUGGGGCAUGGUGUAUUCGUUUGGGUAUGAAGCUGCCAUCACACCGGGCAUGGGCCGCGAGUGUCGUGGUUGGAGUUGCUAUGGAUACUGGGCGCUAGGAUGCGCGGCCAGUGUUUGGCUUGCAAUCAUUCUGUGGGGGAUUGCCUGGAGAGGAUGGAGGAAGCGAGGCGUCGUAGUGUGA